CUUUGGUCUUCUGUUGGCGUAGCCCGAACUCGUUUUUCGCGAUAUCAGCUGACUUCUUGACUGACUGAACUGUGUGUGGCGCAGCAGACACACCAGGCCGUUUGAUGUUCGGCAGCCGAGUGCGCAGGCCGUGGCGCACACCAUGGAUGGCGCCACGCACGGCGCAGCCCAUGGGUGGCGCCAUGCCCUGGCACUCUGCACAGGGCCGCGCCCGCAUUGUGCCCGCCGUGCGGGCGGGCGGCGGGCCCGAAGCGGGGAGCUGCCCGGUUGGCCCCAGUCUGUCAACCUGAUCAUCACCUUCCUGCCGGGCCUGGGCAUGCUGUUUUUUCUCGGCGCCGACCCGGACCACACGGCGGCCGCGGGCAUGGGCUUCAUGUUCACCAACGUGGCCGGCUUCUCCCUGAUCGUGGGCUCUGGAGCCGGCGCCCAGCCGCUGAUCAGCCAGGCCUUCGGGGCGGGCAGUCUGCGGCGGUGCGGCGACCUUCUCCAGCGGCAGCUCGCGAUGCACGCGGCCCUGUGCGGCUGCAUCGCCCUCGUCUGGCUCAGCACGGAGCGGAUCCUGCUGGCGCUGAAGCAGCCGCCGGGCAUCGCGCAGCUCGCGGGGCAGUUUGUGCAGUGGCGCGUGGCCGCGCUGCCGGCCCUCGCAGUCAGGGAGGAUUUGUCCAACUACCUGGUGGCCCAGCGGGUGACGAUGUUCCCGAUGCUGUUGAGCGUCGCGGCUGGGGUCCUCAACAUGGCGGCGUUUGCCGCGCUGAUACCGCGCAUGGGCUUCGUGGGAGCGCCGCUGGCGUACACCGUGGCCAACGUGGCCCAGGCCGUGGUGCUGUGGCUGUUCGCCCGCUGCGCUCUGGCGGACGGGGACACGUGGCCGCAGUGGUCGGUGCGGGAAGCGCUGUCGGGCUGGGGCGAGAUGCUGGCUCUCGCCCUGCCGGGGGGCGUCCUCAUGUUGUGCGAGUGGUGGGGCUGGGAGACGAACCUCUUCUUCGCGGGACUCCUGUGCGACCCGCGGGGCAACGGGGGCGGCGAGCACGGCUGCCUGGCUAUAAAAAAGAGUCGAGCUUCGCCCGGGUGACCUGUGGCGUCGUGGAGGACGAUCACUGGAGAGGAAGCAUGUUGCCAAAUAAUUUCCAGAUGUCUAAGCAUGUGUGAAGCA